UUUGGCCUGCCUGCCCCGUAUACGGCGAUUUCUAAUCUUACCAAUUCAUUUUAUCUAUAGUUUAGUUGCCUUCAUAAUGCCAAAAUGUUUGCCUUCCAAACGUCAAAACAAGAAAAUUUUAUAUUUACUAGCGCUUAUUUUCCCAAGCAUUUUUUUAUUAAUUUUAACUCUUAUCUCAUUUUUCCAUUUAAAAUUUAUUUUUAGAGCAAUUGAGCUUUUUUGUCAGUUGCUUUUUGUUCAUCCAUAUUCUGAAGUUGCAACUGAGGUUAACGCUAGACUAGGUUGCUCAAAUUUUUUGACCUUUUUAAAUUGUAUUUUAGGCCUUUGUUUCAAAGCACUCGAUAAUUUUCCUCAAGCAUUAAAGCACUUAAAUAUUGCCUUAGAAGACACAAGAGAGUGCCUGGCAUUACCAAAGUUCUUUCUUCGUUUUCAGAUAGCGCAUUGUUUUGACGUUGCAGGGGAAGUUCGAAAAGCCGUUGAGGAAUACCGUCGUUUAUUGUCUGAUCACGAUCGAAGUAUUGUUCCAUUAAAUAAUCAACUUCUUUCUGCUAUUUAUGGACGUCUUGGCUGGAUAAGUCUAUGUUCAAGGGAACGCGAACCUCGAGAGGAAAUUCGACUUCAAAAGUUAAAGGAAGCAGAAGCAUUAUUACAACGAGCUCGCGAAUUACAACCAGUAGAUAGCAAGGCAAAUUGUUAUUCAGGACUUUGUUUUAGUGAGCAGACGCGUGUGGCUAAUAAAUUUAUACAGGAAAAUAAUUCUGGUAAACAUCAACAAAGAACAAAUUCAAAUCAACAAAAUAAUCAAAAUAUUCCGAGAUAUAACCCGGAUCACACCGCACAGAAUGCCUUUGUAAGCUAUAGAACGGCUAUCGAUAGUGACGAAUCGGAUGCGAAUACUUGGCGAUCCAUUGGGGUUUUAUAUCAAGAACAAAGUCAACCUUCUGACGCUUUGGAGUCAUUUGCUUGUUCUGUGCAAUUGAAUAACAAACAUUACGCUGCUUGGCUUGAUCUUGGACAGCUUUACGAGAAGCAUCGUCAAUAUAACGAUUCACUAUUUUGUUACGAAAAAGCUUUGCAAGCUAAUCCAGAACCACCCGAACAACUCUAUACUAGAAUCCAUAUCAUUCAACGAGAAUUCAAUAAAAUUGGUGGGUCAGCUAAUUACACUUAUCUGGCAGAAAAACAUUACGAUUUGCUAGAUAAGCACAAGCAGCUGCAACAAUCUAAUCGUCAAUUGGAUCCAUCAAGUAGACAGCCAGGACAACCUAAGUUACCGGAGGAAAUUAGGCUGGCUCACAUUGAGUGUGCCUGGCAACUGGGUAUACCUGCGCAAGUUCGUCAACGACUUUUGGAUUUAAAAAAGGUAAGAGAAAUAGAAAAAGUAAUAUAUUUAAAAAUUUAA